GGCGUUUUUCUGGCUGGUGUCGCUGCUCCUGGCAUCUCUGAUCUGGUUCAUUUCGGUCCGUCUCAGCGACCGGGAAGACGCCAAGCUGCAGUACGGCCUCCUCAUCUUCGGGGCUGCCGUCUCUGUCCUGCUGCAGGAAGCUUUCAGAUUCGCCUACUUCAAGUUGCUGAAGAAAGCCGAUGAAGGCCUGGCGAUGAUCAGCGAGGACGGCCGGUCCCCCAUCUCCCUCAGGCAGAUGGCUUACGUCUCGGGCCUGUCCUUCGGCAUCAUCAGCGGCGUGUUUUCCGUCAUAAACAUCCUGGCAGACUCCAUCGGUCCCGGCAUCGUCGGGAUCCACGGGGACUCGCCGUACUACUUCAUCACGUCCGCGUUCCUCACCAUGGCCCUCGUCUUGCUCCACACUUUCUGGGGAGUGAUCUUCUUCGACGCCUGCGAAAGACGCCGCUACUGGUGCCUGGGGCUGGUGGUUGCCAGUCACCUCCUUACCUCGGGGCUG